AUGGCCGACAAAACUGAAGAAAAAUAUGCCAUACACGAGGCAGCCCGGGAGGGGAAACUUGCUGUUGUGGAGUCUCUUCUACAUGCCAACCCAAAGCUCGCCCAGCUCAAGGACGAAGAUGGCCGCCUCCCGAUUCACUGGGCCGUAUCAUACAACCACCCCGAGAUAGUCAGCUUGCUGAUCAGCCAAAAGGGGUUUGACCCGGAUGCUGAGGACGACAGCGGUUGGACACCCUUCAUGAUCGCCGCCAGCGUCAAGGACGGCGACAAGGUGGCCAACAUUCUCCUCGCUCGCGGCGCAGACGUCAACCAAACAAAUAACAACGGCCAGACAGCUCUUCACUUCCUCGCCUCGAAGUCCAACCUGGACCUAGCUCGCAAGCUCCUCGAGAACCACACGCCGGCGGCCUCGACCCGUGUCCGCGAUAAGCGCGGACAGUACCCGCUGCACCGAGCGGCGGCGGUUGGCUCGGUGCCCAUGAUCAAUCUGCUUAUCAAGCACCGCAGCCCCAUCAACGCGACCGACAGCGCCGGGCAAACGCCUUUGCAUCAUGCCGUUGCCGAGGGGCACGGGGAUGCGGCAGUCGCGUUGUUGAGAGCUGGUGCUGAGACGGACAAGAAGGAUGUCGAUGGGUUUCUUGCGUUGGAGUUGGCUCCGGGGAAGGACGUCCGACGAUACAUUGAGCGGAAGGCUGAGGAGGAGGGAAUUGAAUUGUAA